AAGUGCGGGCGAAAGGCGAGUGGGCUCCAGAGGGACGAGGAACACUACACGACAGAGUUUCUCGGUCAAGGACGAAACGACGUCGGUUAACUAAGCGUAUAACGGUAAAUAUGUAGCCGAGAAUGUGACUGUAUUCAGUUAGUCGUAUUGAGCUCAUGGGCUCAAAUGAAUCCGAUUAUGGUGGGCCCUUUAGGCCCAAUAGAGCGGCCUCGGCCAACGACUUGUACGGUUGCCUAAAUCGUGAGGUGUGUCACGCCAUGUGCAUGGCGGGAAUGACCGUACGUGAAAACCCAGUCCUCGACUCCUUAUGAAUCAUCAACACUCCGAAUUCAAAGUAAGUCCCAGAAUCUCCCUCGACGUUGAAGCUUUUCUUGGUCCUCUGGAAAUUCCUACUAGAAAUGGCUUGUUUGCGCAGUGUCUCGAGGAGGACAAAUCUUUUGCCUAGACAGUUCUGGGUGCUCGAACGCCCAGUUCUUCGUGUUAACAAAGAUGAUACCGGAACUGAUUGUCUGAACUCAAGUCCUUUGACUCGUGGAGUGCACAGUCAAGCUCGUAGGCUUGAUUUUUUGUUGGAAAGGAAGAAACACACAUCUUUUGCCCGACCAUUGGGACCUGGCUUCUUUCUCUGUAGGCACAUGUCUUCGAAACCGGGAGAAUGUUCGAACAAGAUCGAUUGUAAUCCAGCAGUUGUUGAGGAACUUGUCCCAGAAGGAUCUUUGGAAGCAGUAAUCACUCAUGUCUCCUCUGUAAACGAGGUGGCAAAUGCAGCUGCGGAUUCUUUUCUUCAUGUUGCAGCCAUCCAGCACUUUAUUGACAGUGUUCAUGCGUUUACAGGCUUCAAUUGGUUCGCAUCCAUAGUUCUCUCGACGUUUCUCGUCGGAGGACUAUAUAUCCCAACCCGUGUAAAAGUUUUGAAGAUGGGUCCACAUUUAGCUGAUAUAUACCAACAUUUGAGGAAAAUGCUCAAGAGAUAUGGUUUGGAGACCGGAGAAAAAGAAUGGGAGGCAAUUUUUAAAGGGUUUAAUCCUCUUCUAGCUUCUAUUCUGAUUGCAAAGCUUGCGGAGGGGUUCAUCUACAUCAGCACUUUCCUUGCGAUACGGAACAUGGCUCAGAAGAUGCCAUCCUUCGAAAGCGGUGGAAUCCUCUGGUUCACUGAUCUUACAACUCCAGACAGCUUUUACAUCUUGCCUGUUGUGACGGGGCUCACUUUCUGCUUUACACCGACACCCUUCAGUAGGCAGCAGAAUUCAGCAGCCAGAAGAACCAUGAGGCUGCUUUGUUGGAUCUCUGCGAGUGUUGCAUUUCAAGCUACUUUCAGUAUUGAAUCGGCCGUGUACUGUUUCAUGAUCUCAUCUAGAGUAGCUAUGCAUGGAAUAGAACUGGCUAUGGUAAAAUCUCCAAAGGUGAGGGAGUUGCUCGGUCUCCCAGACGUUUUCGCAUUAUACGCGGCUUGGAAGGCCUCCUAUGAAGAUAUUAUCCUCGAGCUGUUAAAGUUGAAGCAGAAGCAGAAGCAGAAGGGCAAGAAGUGAAAAGUCAAGAGAUUUUUUCCUGCAACUGCUUCAUAUUGUCUCCUCCGAAUUUAACUAUCAAUCGGCCUUUUGGUCUUGUUCUUCUUGACUUUUAAGGUUUGUAGUGUAUCGAACAAAUCCUAUCCUGAAAGCAUCGUAUCCUAUCUAAUGAACUUUAUC